GCCUUGUUCUCCUCCUCCUCCUCCCCGCUUCCACCCACCUCGUGGUCCGCCUCACUCUUCCGCGUAAAGGUGUCAGACACGCACCGGCGCAACUCAACAUGGCGGGGCAUGGCAUGGCGCAACUCACGAUAAUAAAUACCCCCGUCAACAGACGCCCCUCUCAGCGGUGACCACACCACACACGACUUCCAUCCCACCACUGACCGCCCUCAUCAUGCAAAACCCCAGCAUCGCCUUCGUCCUGGACCAACCCGAGGACAAGGUCCACCGCCCCGGGGAUGAACUCACGGGGCGGGUCGAGCUGCGAGGCUUGGACCGCCUCCAGGUCCGCGAGCUGCGCGUCGAGUUUCGAGGCAUUUCUCGCAUAACGAUUCCGUCACGCCUCCCGUGGUCGGUGCCCAGCGAGACGACCGCCCGCUCCGACGAGGCGACGGUCAACUUCCUCAGCCAACGGCGCGUCUUCGAUAGAGGCGCCCUGCUUUUUGACGACGUCGCCGGAGACGUUGGACGACUCUCAGCUGUCGUCUCCUUCGCCUUUCCCUCCGGGGGGCCGACGGGGUCCGGAGCUGCUUCGUCGAGGACCGCAUCCGCCGACGGCCCGCUUCCCCCGUCGCUGAGGUGUUUCGGUCAGCCCUUUGACUGCUCCGUCGAGUACGCCCUCGAAGCCGAGCUUGAGCUGGCAUCGGCCGAGCGUUGGCGCGGGGCCAAGACCUGCACGGCGAGGCGCGUGCUCGACUUUGAGCCCGUCGAGGAGGAGCCGGUAGGGCCGCCGCCGCCGCCGCCGCCACAGACGCUCGUGACCUUUGAGAGCAGCUUCGCCCUUGCGCCGUUGCCGCACAGGCUCGACGUCAGGACCGACGGGCCGUUGUCCUUUCGAGACAAGUUCAACUCGUUCAUCUAUCGAAACCGCCAGACCCCGACGUCCUUCUCCAUCGUCGUGCGGGUCCCCUCGCGGCUCGUCCGGAGGGAACCACUGCCGCUCUUGGUCACCCUGCGGCUGGACAAUGCCACGCCGGCGGCGUCGCAGCGCAGGUUCCAGGUCCAGGGCGUGACGCUGGCGAUGGAGAUGAACACUACCGUUCAGGGACCUGGGAACAAGACGCUGCGGCACACUGAUAAAAUAGUCCUCUUUGAGGAUCGAACGCUGGACGUUGCCCUGCCGGCCAACACAGAGGUCGACCUGUGGCCGAAAGUAUCGAGCCUGGCCGCCCCUGAGCUGCCGCCACCGACUUUCGCCAGCCAUGGCAUCACAAGAGAUUACGGCUCGGAAGUUGUCAUAUCUGUAGGGUGCGGCAACGAGGAAUUUCAAGUCAAGGCGUCGGUCCCCUCUCUUGUAGUUCUGCCCUCGGCCGCGCUCGACAUGCCGGGGCUGCCCGCAGAAGAGGAGCCGCCCAGCUACGAGACGGUUGUCGGGUCCAGCUCCGUGACGGGUGGCGCCGCGCCGCCCUACAGUCCUCCACCAGAGUCCUCAGCAGACCGCGGAUACGGCUCUGACACAUCCUUCGACAAAGUAAAAUGUGACUUUGAAGGGAGGGGUCGCGUGUUCGAGUUUGUGCGCGGCGAAAAAAAGUACUGGAAAGAGCGUGGCAUGGCCAACAUGACUCUUCAAUGGGACAGAUGCGGCAUGCCGAUGCUGCUGGCCAAGUACGUAAAGACGGGGCAAGUGUGCGUCGACCACCACAGUGAGUCACCUAUGAGGGUUUCCUUACGCAUGGGUAAAGUGGAGUAUGACGUGACGGGAAGCUUAGUUUGGUUCUCCAAGUCACGCCCGAGAUGAAACUCCUCCCCAUUGUCCACUCGGACCGCAGCUGGACAUGGUGCGCCGCCGAAGACACUGAUACGAGCAGCAACGGCUCCGAGGCGCAGGUCCUGGCCGUGCGGUUCAAAGAUUCUAUGAUCGCACAUGAGUUUAGGGAUGCCUUUCUCGGAAUGCAAAAGGCAGCGGCUUAGACACGUCGUGGCCUCGCGUUUGACGCAUUGCGCAUUGACCGAAUGUGUGAUGAUACCGCCUAAUUUUUUCUUUCUUCUUUUGGUUUUCCGGUGUACUCAUGGUCCUGGCCGCGGUCGCAUAUUAUGAUGGGUAAACUCGUUUCUCUCAUCUAAAAGAUGAGGA